AGGCUGGACAAAUAGCUGGAAUCCCCUUUCCGUUCCUGGGAUUUUACUUACUCCCUCAGCGGGGGAAAUCAUAUAUUAUUUACACUUUUCUCAUGGCGUCUUCCCCGCAGAAGUCUCCGUCUUCUCCAAAGUCGCCAACUCCAAAGUCUCCGUCCUCCAGAAAGAAAGAUGACUCAUUUCUGGGGAAACUUGGUGGGACUCUGGCCAGGAGGAAAAAGGCGAAAGAAGUAUCUGAGCUGCAGGAGGAGGGGAUGAACGCCAUUAAUCUCCCCCUGAGUCCCACACCUUUUGAGCUUCAUCCUGAAGACAUCAUGCUAGAGGAAAAUGAAGUCCGCACCAUGGUGGACCCCAACUCAAAAAAUGACCGAAAACUCCAGGAACUCAUUAAGGUGCUCAUCGACUGGAUCAACGAUGUUCUGGUUGGGGAAAGGAUCAUCGUGAAGGACCUGGCUGAAGAUCUCUAUGAUGGACAGGUUCUCCAGAAGCUCUUUGAAAAGCUUGAAGGUGAAAAGCUGAAUGUUGCAGAGGUGACCCAAUCUGAGAUUGCCCAGAAACAAAAGCUGCAGACGGUUCUGGAGAAGAUCAAUGAUGCUCUGAAGGUCUCCACCAGGAGCAUCAAGUGGAACGUCGACUCGGUUCACGCUAAGAGCAUUGUGGCCAUCCUUCACCUGUUGGUGGAGCUCUCACAGCACUUCAGAGCCCCCAUUCGCCUCCCUGACCAUGUGUCCAUUCAGGUGGUUGUGGUUCAGAAACGAGAGGGCAUUCUUCAAUCCCGUCAGGUUAUGGAGGAGAUCACUGGCAACACAGAGGCAUUAUCUGGCAGACAUGAGCGUGAUGCAUUUGAUACCUUGUUGGAUCAUGCUCCUGACAAGCUGAAUGUGGUGAAGAAGACUCUAAUCACCUUCGUCAACAAACACCUGAAUAAACUGAACUUGGAAGUAGCUGAACUGGAUACACAGUUUGCAGAUGGUGUGUAUCUGGUCCUGCUGAUGGGACUUCUGGAAGGAUACUUUGUCCCCCUCUACAACUUCUUCCUGACGCCUGAGAAUUUUGACCAAAAGGUUCAUAAUGUGUCUUUCUCCUUUGAGCUGAUGCAGGACGGUGACCUAGAGAGGCCCAAACCCAGGCCUGAGGAUAUUGUGAAUUGUGACCUAAAAUCGACACUCCGAGUUCUUUACAACCUUUUCACCGGGUACAGGCAUGUGGAUUGAGCUAAAAUGGGAAAUAUAUCUAUGUGGACCGCUAUUUUGAGUGUUAAUGAGGCUGACAGACAAAACAUGCUGUUAAGUAUUGUGGAGUAUUGUACAAUACCCUUAUACAACUAAUAAGUGUGACUUAAGUAUUUUUCUUGCCAUUUAGAUGGAUGAUAAAACACUAAAGAAAAUAACACUAUGAAUAUAAAUGUUUUUGCUGACAGCGUUCACCUUUUACCUGUGGAAAUGCAAUUAGCGGUGUAAUCCUUUUGAAAUGUAUUAAUCCUAAAGUGCCUAAACAGACGUAUGAGAGAAAAUACCCAGCUUGCACUACACAUUAUAUCAAAUAAAACACUAUAUUAUUUUAACAGUAUCAGCUCUUUUACAAACUCAUACCCAGCAGGAGCAGGAUUAGAUUUAAGGCAGCUGUAUUUCCAAGUGGAUGUUUGACCAAAUAAUUAGUUACUUGUAAUGAGUUUGUAUUUCACUGCAUAUCUUAAUUUGUUAAUUCCUGAUUUAUGUGCUAAUGUUUUUAUAACUUGCAUAGUGUAUCUGCAUCAACUGAAAAUAUUUUUACUCGCAUGCUGUUGUCACACAAAUUUGGCUCAGUUAAUAGUUGACUAGAUUCAUUUAUUUUCUUAUUGUCUUGAAUCAUUAUUGGAAAAAAUUCAUAUUUAAACUGAAAAGAAAAAAAAAACUGAUUUAAUUAGCAAUGGAGCAGCUAUUAUGUUUGUGGAAACUACACAAAAAUACUUUUUUAUACCUUGUUUGAUGGAUUUCAUUAUAUGUUCCUGUGGCUCAGUGGUAGAGCAUUGCAUUCUGUGUAGUAACUAUUAUGUUUUUGGCUGAAUGCUCUGCAAGUUGCUAUAGAUAAAAGCAUCUGCUAAAUGCAUAAAUGAUAAUGUAAUUACAGUAGAGUUGUUUGUAAAAUUCAAUGUUCAUGUUUUAUCUCCACCUGAAAAAUGUUUCAAAAUCUACAUUAAACGUGGAUGAAUCAUCUA